UAAGUGUAGUAGGCAUUCACCCGUCUCUAGCGAAAAUUUCAUGCGCCAAAAACGUAAACUAAAGGAGUUACAUUGAAAAUAUAGCGAUAUUCAGGACACCCAGCUGGCCAAUGCAUUGCGCAACGAGGAACUGAGACCGGGGACACCAGAUUUCGGGAACUUCUGUAGUGCGUCCUGCGCCAAGGCAGCGUGGAAGAAGGAACUUGCACCUUGUGGGUGGUACAGAAGCGGAGGAAGAAGAAGAGCGGCAUCGCUGCAGUCUAGUGGAUAAACAAAAGGACAAAAACCCGGUCUAAAAGGAUUUAAUGGACAACUAAACAGGAUGGCAACCAGGAGAAAGUGAAAGCGACAUUUCCAUUUGGCCCUGCAACAGCGAAAUUUCGAAAUUAAGAUGCAGCAAUUCACGUAUCACUACGCUAACAUAUCUUCGAAACCAGAGAAACAAGAUGAAGCAAAUGGACGAUCCGCCAUCGCUGCCCGUGGGCACGGAAGUGAGUGCCAAGUACAAGGGCGCAUUCUGCGAGGCAAAGGUCAGCAAGGUAGUGCGCAACAUCAAGGUGAAGGUGGCCUACAAGCAGGGACUGGGCUCUGGAAUCGUCUCUGAUGAUGCCAUUAAGGCCCCGACGGGUCAACUGCGCGUGAGUGCCGUGGUGGAGGUGCGUCACCCGGAUCGCAAGGAAAUCGUCGAGGCGACCAUCACCAAGAUCCAGGAUUGCUCGCAGUACACGGUGGUCUUCGACGAUGGAGACAUCACCACACUGAGGCGAACGGCUCUGUGCCUAAAGAGUGGCCGGCACUUUAACGAGAGCGAGACGCUGGAUCAGCUGCCUCUGACCCAUCCAGAGCACUUCGGUAAUCCCGUGGUGGGUGGACGAAGGGGCAGACGGCGCGGCCACCUGAACGAAGAUAGUUCAGAAGACGACGAAGAAAGCGAUGCCAAGGAGGUCGUCAACGAAAAGGAGGAGAACAUCGGAAAGGUGGUGUGUGUAGAGACCGAGUCCAAGAAGAAAGACAAAGAGAAGUGGUUCCCCGCUUUGGUGGUGGCGCCCACAGCACAGGCCACUGUCCGCAUUCGAGUAAAAGACGAGUACCUGGUGCGCUCGUUCAAGGACGGCCGCUACUACACGGUGCCGAAAAAGGAGGCUACCGAGUUCACACGCGAAGUGGCCAGUAAACAAGAUGUGCCUGCUGUGCAGGCGGCCCUCGAGUUCCUGGAUAGCAGCAUACUUCCUGCCCACUGGGACAGGGACUCGUUGUUCGGCCUUUCAAACAUCUCUAGCGAUGACGAGGGCGAGAUUGACUCGGACUCCUCCGACGACGAGCCGCACGAGGAGAAGGAUCGCUUUGUGGCCCAGCUGUACAAGUACAUGGAUGACAGGGGAACACCGUUGAACAAGGUGCCCUCCAUUCAAAGCCGGGACGUAGACUUGUAUCGUCUCUUUCGGGCGGUGCAAAAGCGAGGAGGCUACAACCGCGUCACCUCGCAGAAUCAGUGGAAGCUCAUUGCCAUGCGCCUGGGCUUUACGCCCUGCACAGUGAGUGUGAUGAAUCUGGUAAAGCAGGCGUACAAAAAGUUCCUGCAGCCGUACGGCGACUUCCACCGCAAGCUGGGCUGCUCCAUGCUGAUGACCUCGCGCAACUCCAACCGCAGCAAGGGCAGGAGCCUGGUUCGGGCCAACUCUGUGGCGUCACCGAAGCCCAUGGAGACCACAAAGACGGAAACCAUCAGCAAACUGGCCCAGCCCAAUCAGACAAACGUCGUGGCUUCGACUUCGAGCAGUGCAGCAGCCGCGGCGGCUUCAACACCGGCCAGAGCCGUAUCCACCGCAUCGCAAUCCGCAGCCGAGGAGUCUGGCAACACCAGCGAGUCUAGCGUGGUGGUAGAACCACCAAAGAAGCAAAGGAAGGGCUCAGCGGCUAGCAGUCAACAGGGGAAGGUCAAGAGCUUGGUGGAAAAGUACGAGGAAAAAUCCACAGCAGCCCAAAACUCUUCGACUGCCUCAGUCGCUGGAACGGGUGCCAGUGUGUCAUCUACUGCCGUACCAGCCACUUCGUGUGCGCCUUCCACGCCAGCCAACUCAUCAUCUUCCACUUCCGGAGGUUCAUCAGCCGUUCCGAGUGCUGUUGGCAUCAAAGACGCCGAAUCAGAUCUGCCGCUGGCCAAGAUUAAGGCAGCGGCUGCAGCUGCCGCUUCCACCAGACACAGCAUGGAAAAGGAGACCAACACUAGCUCGGGCAGUAGUGCCUCCGCCUCCAGCAAGGCAAAUUCUACGGAGAUGCAGCGCAGCCGUGAUGCCUCACCAUCGGUCGUUGCACCGGCUCCUGCCGGCGCAGGCACGUCCGCUCCAUCUGCCAACUCCCAACCGGCGUCCACCAAAAAGGAGAAGCACCAGCGGAGCAAGCAAGCAGACAAGGAAAAGGACAAGGAGGAAAAGCAACCGGGUAGCGGCAAGCGCAAGAAGGAGAAGAUUAGCGUGGAGAAGAUUGAUACCGGCGACUUUGUGGUGGGGAUCGGAGACAAGUUGAAGGUUAACUACCACGAGAAGAAGUCGCCCAGCUCGCAUGGCAGCACUUACGAGGCCAAGGUUAUCGAAAUCAGUGUCCAACGCGGAGUGCCGAUGUACCUGGUCCACUACACGGGUUGGAACAAUCGCUACGAUGAGUGGGUGCCGAGAGAGAGGAUUGCAGAGAACCUGACCAAGGGGUCCAAGCAAAAAACUCGAACCAUAAGCACCAGCAGUGCGAACAGUGGCAGUGGAGGAGGAGGAGGUGGCUCCCUUUCGGUGCAGGGCUCCCUGCCGCCGGGAGUAGCGGACAAGCAUCAGACCGGCAAGGAUGGGUUCUCCAAAAUGCCACCAUCAGCGGGAAAUUCCUCUGGACCUGGAGCUAUAUCGCAGUCUGGAUCUCUGGGAGGGGCCAGCUCCACUCCCUCGCUGCUGUCUACUGUAGUCAAGACCCCGACGACGGGAGGGGCAAAGCGGGGACGGGGACGCAGCGACUCAAUGCCACCGCGCUCCACCACACCCUCGUCGGUGGUGGCGGCUCAUUCCGCUCGCACUAAGUCGCCGGCUGCCUCCCAGACGCAACUGCAGCCACAGAUGAAGAAGCGCCCGACUAGAGUUGUACCUGGUACCACUACUCCACGUCGCGUUUCAGAUGCCUCGAUGGCUUCCCAAUCGGAUUCUGACUCCGAUGAGCCAGUGCGACGUCCAAAGAGACAGAGUGCCAAAGAGAAACCCCAAACGGGGAAGGCACAGCAGCCCGGAAAAGGGAGGGUGGCUAGCCGGGCUUCCUCCACGGCCCCAGCUCCCCAUCCCAGCGAUGACUCCGAAGAGGAUGAGGAUGAUGAUGAGCCGGCGGCGGGAAGAGCCGCUCCCUCCAAGCAGCAGCAACAACAGGCUGCCUCUGUGCGGGGAUCCCGGGCUGGAGGCAAUCGUGCCAUGAGCAGUGGCGCCGCUUCCGCCAAGGGACGCGACUAUGAUCUCAGCGAGAUUCGAUCGGAGCUGAAGGGAUUCCAGCCGAAAUUGCUAACGAACCCUGCGACCAACGAAGAGCCAAAGGAUAUCGCAAAGCAAGAGUCUUCUGCUGAGUCAGCCCUGCAAGACAUCAAGAAAGAGCCCAAGCAGGAGUCCUCGGCCAAGAGCAGCUCAACAGAGCUCUCCUCCGAAACCGAGUCCUAUGUGGACGAGGACUCGCAGUCCUCCGACUACCGCAAACAACCAAAGGGAACAGGAGCAGGCAAGAAGGAGUCAAUGUCCACUACCUCCAAGUCACAUCACGAGCCAGUGUCCAAAAGGGAGCUGGCUGUCAAAGAAGAACCCCUCAAAAUCGAACCUAAAAUGGAGCCCAAGGAGGAGGAAGCUAAGAUUAAGCCCUUUUUAUCGGGUGCGGACAUCAAACCUACGGCUCUCAUAGCCCCAGCUAGAUUCGGGAACGCAUCAGCUCCCCAAGCUCCGAGCUCAACUGUACCGGGAUCUUCAACGGCCAAAUACACAUCGGUGAUUGUAGAGAAGCACUUAACGAUUGGUGGCAAGAAGUCCUCGGAACAACAUGUGCCCAAAAAGUUAGAUCAGGUCAAGAAGCAAUCUGGUGGAGCAGCUGCAACUGCCUCUAGUUCUUCUCUAUCAGGUCAGGAGUCAAAGAAGUUUGCUGAACCAGUGGCAAGCUUAAAAGUGGAACUGCCAGCAGCUUGUUCGCCAUCGUCGUCCUCCUCUUCGUCCAGUUCCUUGUGUUCCACCGGAUCUGCGGCAAGUUCCAGUUCUGCCACUCGUUCCCUGCCGGAUAUGAGCAAGCUGGAGAUUAGUAGUGGUACCACACCUGGGCCGACGGCGACACCAGCGGGAUCACAGCCAGGCCAGGCCGCGCCACCCAGCACAUCAGGUGCUGCCAAGGAGUCAAAAUACAGCAGCAGUGGAGGAAAUGCUGCAGGAUUGGGACUCAGCAUACGAAAAUUGCUGUCCUCGGAUGUGUAUGAGUUCAAGGACACAGAGCCCUUCGAGUUCGAAAAGCGCAUCUCCCCGAUGGCUUCUGUGGGCGGAACUGUGGCUGCCGGAGCCACGGGAGUCGGAGCAGUGGUGGGUGCAGGAGCCUCCGUAAUCACGUCAGUGAUGCCAACAACAGGAGUCUCCGGAUCUGGCGGAACAGCAAGUGCCUCCACUUCAGCCGCAGUGGUGGUCAGCUCGGCGGCCAGGAAGCAAGCACUUAAAACCAGCGCAAUGCUGCAGAGUCUGGAGCAGCACCAGUUGCCUCCCGCUGGACACGAACGUAGUUACAAUGCAAUGACGACAGCAUUAACCGGACUAACAGCGCCUAAGCUAAAGAAGAGGGGUUCUCCACUGAAAGAGCCAGCAUUGGGCCUGGAAAAGCCAAAAAUGUACAAGCAAGACAAGGACCAAGUCCAGCAACCGGGGGAACAGAAGGCACAGCAGCUUACACCACCCACUUUAAAAGUGCUACAGCCUGUAGGACAAGUGUCUCCUUCAGCUAGCAAUCCAGUGAAGAUGCAUACGCCGCCAGGAACAGCAGCCCUAGCGGUGUCAGGAUCCUCUUUGAGUACGCCAACCUCAUCGAGUGGCCAAGCCCUACUGUCCGCCUCCUCUACGCCUAGCCAACUUGCUCCGCAUCAUGCUACACCCUUUGAUGCCUUGAGGAAGUCGCCCAGUUUCAAUCUUAACAUCACCGCCCUGAAUGAGGAAUUGGCACAGACUGUCCAGGAAACCACUCGAGCGCUAACGGAUGCGCUGCAGCCUCCGACAACACCUGGGCCAUCGCCCCUACCAUCAAGUGGGUCGAUACCAGCCCCAGUCACGCCAGUAAUAACUCCAACGCCCACAGCAGUUUUGAGCUGUCCCAGCACACCGCCCAUAGGAGCUAAUGCAGUGCUUGCCUCGCCCAAGUUGAGUACUCCACCCCAGGCCACCAAUGCCAGCAAGCCACCUGCUCCUCAUAUCGUCGGCAGUCCCUUCAUCGAAACCAGGAACGUGUUCGAGCUAAGCACAUCCAACGAGGGCAGUGGCUACAGUUCCGGUGAGUCCAAGGAUAACAAGCUGGAGAAACUGGAGAACGUAAAAAUCUUGCUGGCCGGAGCAGCAGGACCCUUUGAUUUGGAUGCCGGAAGCUAUGAACAGAAGCCUAGCUCCAUAGCGGACAAGGUGCUGAAGGCUAUCAGCCAGAAAAAGGAGGAGGUAGAGAACAGCAAGAGCAAGCCCCAAAUAGAACCCAUUGCCGCUGCCAAGACUUCGGGGGGUGAGGAAGUGGCGCACCCCCCGGCAGCCAAACUUGAAUUAUGCAGCAGUGCCAUUAAGCUGGAUACUCUUAAGCUGCUGAGCGAACCACUCAAAAUACAAACGGGUCCACUACUGGGUGAACUUUAUAGACCCGGACCUGCGACCAGCAGUCCGGAAACCAAGUCCAUUCUUGAAUCCUCGCUUCCGGCGAAGAACAGCGAGUUGAGCGAGACAAUCCAGAAACUGGAGUGUGCCAUCCAACAGCGAAAGACGCCUGUGGGUGGAGCUCUGUCCCUGGCCAGCUCUACGGCAGGAACUCCGCCUGCCGCCCACACACCGAACUCCACGGCUACCGCAGGAGCCGGUUUCUCGGACGAAUCCAUGGACAGCACCGACUCUGAGCAGCGUCUGGUCAUCGAGGAUGUAAUUGCGGAAGAGCACACUACCACCACAACGACUGGCGAGCAAAAGAGCCCGGGAUCUGGGCAAGAGGAGGGUCAGAAUACCACGACCACUAUGGUGACGGCGGUUACCAUCGAAACAGAGGGCACCAGCAGCAGCACUCCUACGCCCCCGGUUCCUGCUCCCGUUAAAUUGGAAGUGAGUGCCAAGGCCCUGCCCGGAAUUCAGGCUCCCAUUCCCUUGAAGCCCACGGAGGCCAGCUCCUUUGCUGGGAGACUUGCUGCGGUGACUCGGCCUCCGCCACUAGCCAAGCUCCAACAGCAGGAAGAGGUGGGUCAGGCCAAAAACAUAAGCUCUUGCGGCAUUCCCAUUGUGCUGCCCGAGAUCCCCGCCUCUGUGGUGGUAGCGACUCCGACCCUCAUAGUGGCCUCCGCGGCCAUGCGCCACAGUCCAGGCUCCACACCGAGCUCGCCAGUUCCUGUUCUAAUAUCCCCGUUCCUCACCGCUCCAAAAGAAGCAGGGGGAUUGCUGCUAAAGGCCUAUACAGCAGCGGGCGGAGCAGUGACGGCAGGUGGAUUACCUUCGUCCGGAAGCGUAAUAGCAGCAGCCGGCGGCGGAACACCCACUGUUAUUUCAAAUUUCUCCCAGCAGCAUCAGCAGCCGGCUAGCGUCCUUCAAACGGCACCGGAGAUCCCCGCCAGCUACAUAUUAGAUGCGGAGAUGGCUGAAGCCCCCAACAGCAGUGCCACAGUGGUGGCGCGACCUUUUGUAAUGCACGCGGUGGGUAAGGAACUGUUUAAUGUUGUGGCACCGGCGGCCAGUUCGCCUCUGAUCAGCGAUCCCCACAACGAAUCCAUAAAUUUGCUCUGCGAAGAAACCAUACCAGGCAGUCCGGCCCCCAAUUACGGUGGCACUGAGCAGCUACCAGCCGCUGUGGGUUCGGCGUUGGCUAUUAUGGGCAUAACGCCGCUGCCCCCCGAUACACCGCCAGCCGGAGCUGUUGGUGCCAUCCAGCAACAGCUGCAACAACAAGUGCAAACCGGACAGCAGCAACAGGUGGCAAAGACGGUAGAGGUCAUUCCCUCAGCACCCAACAGUUCGCCGGACUCGGCUAGUCAGGAUGAGAGCGGCGAGGAGACCAAAAAGAGUGCCGAGCACGGACACGAGGACUCAAGCGGCUUAGAGACACUCAACAAGCGCAAGCGAACACGUAAACCGAUGCCGAUGAGCGCCCAGACGACGGCCGCCGUGGCGGCUCAACUCCAAUCCCUGGGCAAGAGGCGACGCCAAGUGUCUGGAAUGCGCAGCCAGAAAACCACCACCACCACAGCAGGAUCCGAUACCGAUGACAACUCGGAUAACAUAGCACCGACCGCAGGACAACAGCACCAGCAGCAACGACAGAGCGCCCGCCAGCAAAUGCUGCCCCAGGGCAAUGCUCAGCCACAGCAGCAACAGCAACUCCUGCAACAACAGCAGCCGUCCCUGCAGCAGGGAAUCCAAGCGGGCAAUACGCCGGGAGUACGUCCAUGUCCAUACAACUUCCUUGUAGAGCUCGAUCCUGCGCUUAGUUCGGACGAGUGCAUCACGAUCCUGCGCAAACAGAUCCAGGAUCUGCGCAAGGCCUACAACACCAUUAAGGGUGAACUAACGGUCAUCGAUCGCCGACGCAAGAAGCUGCGUCGUAGGGAGCGCGAGAAGAAGCAACAGCAAAUGCAGAGCCAGCAGCAGGGCAAGAUCUGUGCCUAGCUCGAAUGGAAGCCACAUCCACCUCCAUGGAACAUCGAGAACAUCCAUCUUAGAACGUGUGCAAAUAGAAAUGACUUUAACGCUCCAGGAAAAAACGAAUGAACAUCGUUGAAAGUGGAUGAUUAUAAAGAGUAGAAAUUGUAAAUCUAUGGAAUUUUUUCCGUUUCUAAUUUUAAGCGCAAAUCUUUAGAUUUAAGCUAAGAUUUUGUGUAUAAAUACAUUUCAUAAGAUGUAUGUACUAGUAAAUACCAAA